CCAUUCUCUCGCGUUCGCGCAUCGCAGCUUGUCGUCUCACCCUUCCUUCGACCGGCCCAUGGCCACUCACCACUACCGGACGGCGGCUGGGGGCAGCUCUGGCCCCGGGCCUGCCGCUGCCGCGUCUCUCCCAGACCAGAGUUUCCUGUGGAACGUGUUUCAGCGGGUUGAUAAAGACAGGAGCGGAGUGAUAUCUGACAGUGAACUUCAGCAAGCGUUAUCCAAUGGCACAUGGACUCCGUUUAAUCCUGUGACAGUCAGAUCAAUCAUAUCGAUGUUUGACCGAGAGAACAAAGCAGGAGUGAACUUUAGUGAAUUCAUUGGAGUUUGGAAGUAUAUCACAGAUCGGCAGAAUGUCUUCGGGACAUAUGAUAGAGACAACUCUGGAAUGAUUGACAAAAAUGAACUAAAGCUAGCGUUAUCAGGUUUCGGUUAUCGGUUAUCUGACCAAUUUCAUGAUAUCCUUAUCCGAAAGUUUGACAGACAAGGAAGGGGACAGAUUGCUUUUGAUGAUUUCAUUCAAGGCUGCAUUGUCUUACAGAGGUUGACAGAUAUAUUUUGGUGCUACGAUACCGAUCAGGAUGGCUGGAUUCAAGUAUCUUAUGAACAGUAUCUUUCCAUGGUCUUCAGUAUUGUAUAACACUCACCUUCGGAGGCUAUCGAUGGGACUGUUAUGGAAAAAAAAAAGACUGGAAAUGCCAAAUCCCUUAUCUCGUCACGUCAUGAAAAAGAACACUGAUGCAGCUCAACAUUGUCUUCCCAAAUUUUA